CCAGCGCUAAUAAUGGUUGGCCAUUGGGUUGGCGAGUCAACAAAUUCAUGAACAGCUCGAGCUAGUGAACUAGAAAUACUUGAGUGCAGGCUGAAACUCGGGACGCGGCGUGGGAAGUAGUUUGCGUACUAGUAACCGCAGCGUACUGGCUGUUAAGUUCCAGCAUUUAGCUUGUUUUUUUUUGUUUUUUUAAGUAUUCACCCGCUCCCCUACGUUGUGGCAACGAGCUUGCCCGAGUUGGCCCAUCAGCAGCAAGUAUGGCGGAAGCGACAGACGCAGAGUUGAGCGCGGCAGCAGAGCCGCCCACUGUCAGCAGCGGCCAGCAGGCUACUGUAGUGUGCGGGGAAGCUUCAGAAUCGGACGACGAGGACCUCAGCAUUUCGACCAGCACAAUCGCCAGCGAUCUCAGCAUGUCGAGUGCCAGCGACAGCGUUACAUCGAGCGAGCGUCGAUCUGCGGAGCCGAGCCAGCACAGGACACUUCUGCAUCGAAAGCUCCGCGAGCGCAACGCGAGCUUGCGCAGGAGCGUAUGCGAACUGAUGCGGCAUCCAUACCAGAACGCUGCUCGCGAACUUGGUGCAAUUUCUCAGAAUCUUGUUCGCUCGCAUCAACUUCUACAAGAGGUGUCCACCUCCCUCAGGAAACUGACCAACGAACUUUUUCAGAUUGAGGACAAACUCGACACUAUACAGCACUGCAAUAUCAUUCCAGAAAUAACGAUCCCCCCGCCAAAUCCCCGUGCGUCACCAGAAUGUCUGUGACUGUUUUACAAGUCCGAACACCCAGUAAGCUAAACUAUGAUGUUGAUAGCCGCCAACACGGUUAGCGUAAUUGCUUUGACUCUCAUGCCUUACCAUCUGCUCGAGUUGCACCGGUUGGCGAGACUUGUUUGCAUGUGCUUUGACACCUGUUGCUAAAAAGAAAAAAGAAAGAAAA